GUAAUCCGAGUGACGCACAUGCGCAGUGCAGUGUAGGUUUGCUGAAGAGGUCGCGCAUCGGCUCGUGACGGCGAAUUAAAUAUUUUCGCGAGUUGAUUGUAAUAAAGCGAAUAAGGUAAAGAUGGUGUAUCACUCUGUAGCGCUGCCGCUUAUCUGCUUCACCACACUGUGGGGUUUAGUUGGAGGCGUCGCGCCGUUUUUUGUUCCUAAAGGACCGAACAGAGGUGUGAUCAUUACCAGCCUGGUGCUGACGGCCGUGUGCUGCUAUUUAUUCUGGUUGAUUGCGUUCCUGGCACAAGUAAACCCUCUGUUUGGACCCCAAUUGAAGAAUGAGACCAUCUGGUACCUGCGCUACUACUGGGAAUAAACUGAGGAUUUUAUGGCCUGUAUGAUGACAUCAUUCCAUUGUUCACUUGCUGUACAGCAUAUUCCUCCUGUGAUGUGACUAAAUCAUGCUCAUUUCUCAGUGUAGCCUCAACGCUGUUUAAUUAGAGCAUUUUAUUUAUAUUUGCUGUUUUGUUUGUAUAGGAGCGGUGGUGUAUGAAUGUGUAUGUGUGUGAGCGCACGUGCAGUAACAGUGUUUUGAUGUGCUGAAUGUGACGUGUGCAAUAUUAGCUGAAAAAUCAACUCUCCUUGAACAUUUAUGUUCUCUCUCUGCGACCAACCUGUAGCCUGUUUACAGAGAUUCUAUUUAUGUCGAGAUUAUUUAUGACAUUAUUUAUUUUAGUCGUGUGUAAGGCACAGACUUGUGCCUAUUUCAGGUUUCUUCCCCUGUAUAUCAAUACUGACACUUGUUCCAUUAAACACUUGUAAACUCUUUCAUUAUCGGCAGAAUUUAUGGAUGUCAAAUUGUCGUCUGUGUAAUUCUGGUUAUUUAUUCUUUUAUUUUUACUCUUCAGUGUGGUUGCUUUGUUUCCAUGGAGAUCCACUGACCACUAUUUCUCUCCCCUACACCCCUUACUAAUGUGUUUUUUUUUUUUGUAGCAGCAGCUCCCAGAACACUGAUAUUAGUAACAGUCUAGAGAUCAUUAUGAACACUUCUGUUAGUCUAUUCACAGACUUUUUCCAUGGUUAAGGAUUAAACUGACAGAGUUUUAGAUCGGUAUGUAAAUGAUUUGGAUUUAUAAUCACUAUGGUGUAAACCUGCUGCAGUUUCUGCAAAACAUUGAAUAAAUUCAGGAUGGAUCUCG